AACCAGGCAUUUACAUUUUUUUCUGUUGCAAAUUUUUUCAAUCCUUGUCUUCAUUGCUAUUAAGUUUUUCUGUAUUAGAAAAUCCACUCCACUUCUAAUAUUUUAAGACAAUUUCUGCUGUUUUCUUCUAGUCAUUUCACAGUUUAUUUUUCUCAGAAGUAUCUUCAGAAAACAAGAAACACCAUCCCAUUUGAGGACUGCUGUGAUACACACAGUUUCCAGGAUGACACACGGAAUGCUGAGUUCUAAGUGAUCUGUCACCUGACAAUCGGCUGGACAAGUAAGAUUACAAGUAUUUGAAAUUAGAUGAUACAUAGAAGAAGACAAGAGGAGGAGGAAAGACUGGAUUGGCCAAACCCUAACACAGAGAAAGAAUAAAAGUGCAUUCCACCUUUUAUACAGAUUUUUUCCCACAAUUAACUAAUUUCAUAAUUGCCUAUCUAUUAAGAUAAACAAAAACAAGGAAAUAGCUUUUAUGUGGUGACAGCAGCCCCUCGGCUGAGUAUAAAAGUGGACAUGGGAUAAGGGGACUCCCACAUUCGAAAAACUCACGGUCUUGGAAACCUACCCAGAACCUCCACCCUCUGACACCAUGGUUAACUCUUGUUGUGGCUCUGCCUGCUCCGAACAGGGCUGUGAUCGAGGCCUCUGCCAAGAGACCUGUUGCCGCCCCAGCUGCUGCCAGACCACCUGCUGCCGCCCCAGCUGUGUUGUAUCCAGCUGCUGCCGCCCAUCCUGCUGUCAGACUACCUGCUGCCAGACCACUUGCUGUCGCCCCAGCUGCUGCCGCCCUAUCUGCUGCCAGACCACUUGCUGUCGCCCCAGCUGCUGCCGCCCCAUCUGCUGUCAGACCACCUGCCGCCCCAGCUGUGGUGUGUCCAGCUGCUGCCGCCCAGUCUGCUGUCAGACCACCUGCUGCCGUACAACUUGCUGCCGCCCCAGCUGCUGUGAAUCCUCUUAUUGAACCUCAUAUUGGACUAUCAACCAUGAGCCAGCCACUAUUACACCAAUAUGAAAGUGUCAUUUAUACCAACUUGUCCAUGUGUUAAAUGGCCACCAGCUUUAUUAUCCUGUUAUUCCACUAAGCAACUGGUGAAAGGGCAUCCAUCUACAUUUCAUACCACUCAUUUUUCCCGUGGAACUCUUUCCAGUAUUCAGACCUCAGAUGCAUGAUGCAGCUGGACUAAACCUCUAAGUCUCUGAUUGUUAUGCUUGACUUGACCUUCAAAAUUACAUAUUAACUGUUCUUCAAUAAAUAUUAUCUUAACAUCAGAAAUUCUGUUAUCUUUUUUUCAAUUAUUUUUGAGCAUUGGUUGUCAGUUUAUUUUUUAGCAUUAUUUCUCUCAAGAUAAAGACAAGUUUGGGUUCCCCCAUGACCAGGAAAGAAAGCUGAUUUUGUAAAUAUAAUCUAAUGCCUAUAUUAUAGAAAGGACUUCAUAAAUUUUUCAAAAGAAGAUAGCUCACUGUAUUUAACUAACAAAAGUUUUGUAUUCAAUCAAUAAA